AUAUGACACCUAUAUUGUAAAGAAUUUAGAUCUUUUAGAUCUAGAUGAAUCAAACCAUGGGGAAUAAACCAUUAGAUUGUAAUGAUUCAAACAUAGGCGUAGGAGUAAGUCAACUUGAUGACUCUAAAUCUGCUGUACAUGAUCCGACCAAACAAAAUCUAAAAAAGUUGCUCAAAAUAAUGAGUCUGCUCAACUGUUUUUAUCUAUGAAGCAUAACCUCAGUCGCAUGUUCAUAGCACUAUAUAAAAAUAUGAUGCUGUACUGCUCUAGGGGUAUGGGAGGGUUGCAACUGCCAUCAGGAAAAAUUUCUUGCAUUGUAGGCUCCAUUCAAGCAGUACUUUCUCAAUAGAGAAAUAACAAGAUCAAUAUAAUUUGGAAUUGCUUACCACAGGAAAUAAAAUCUGCAGAAAACCUGAUCCAAUUCAAAAGAUUAAUUAAAAACUGGGAUGGGUCCACCUGUACAUUACAAACAAUAUUAAGUCCCACUACAGCAAUCCACUACACCAAUGAAUUCAAAUAAACCCAUAUUAUUCUAGUUUUUGCUCUGUUCUGCUUACAGGUUGUUCUGGUUUAUUUUUUCAGAUAAAUGACUCGACAGCCUGCAGUCAAUAUUUUUUGUUGAAAUGAUCAACCAGAAAAAGCAAUGUAAAUAUUAACCUUGCUUUUCCUGCUUUGGUGGUUUUUGAUCUGAAACUUCAUCUGUACCGCAAAGUCGUUCUUUGUCUUUUGUAGCAUUUGGCAUUUCAACAACUAGAUAUGUAGUGAAAAUAUUAAUGGAGAAUACCACUAAUCCAAUUAGAUUCUAAUGUACAAAGUAAAAUUAAAAAUGGAAAAAUUAAAUUCUUUAAGUCUAGUAGCUUUGCUACCAUUAUAAGCUCAACUGUUUUUUUAAUAAUCCUCCAAGCAUGGUGGGGGAUUUUAAUGUUUAAAGGCAAAGGCUGACACUUGAUAUUACACACUCAAAAACAAUUAGAAGUGGAAUAUUCAUAGAAAUUUCAAGUGAGACUCUGAUGGAUUACCAAAUGACAAGUAAGGCAAUGAUAAAAACUGGAGAUUCCCAGCAAAACUGGGUGACUUUGAUGGUAACCAGUUCAGUUAAUAAACUUAUAUCCCAUACUGCCUAUAAAUAAACCCAUAAAAUAAAGGGCACAACAAACUUUGCUACUCUUACAUCCUCUUCAAACAUUUAAUUUUUCCUGUUUACUUUUAACAUAGUUGCAGGUCUAUCAUCCAAAGCCCCAUUUGUUAGGUCCCGAUGCUUACCAUUUUCUUAUUAGCCUCUUGAACAUUUUUACAUACUCUACGAAUUGUUAUUUUACGAACUGAUCUAUACCUGGUUCCUUCAUUUCAGGGGCUAACUCAUCUUCCUUUUUACUCUUCAUAUUAUCUGUAAAAACAAUCAUUCAAUUAGCUAAAUAAUACGAAAAUCAAAGAAUAGUUUGAAUAAAAUCCAUACAAUUUUUAUGUAAAGUUUGCCCCAAAUACAACUGCUUGUUAUAGAGUUUCGAAGCAUGACGUCAUUAGAAUAUGUUUUUAGAAUCACUAAAAUCCCCCUUUGUAUAAACCGGUUUUACUUGUUUGACUUGUUUUUUCUUACAUAUAGUUGUUCUACUUCUUUUUCAAAUGUUGUUUUUGUUCUGGUUAUCUGUAAACAAGCUUUGAAAUUCUCAAGUUACAAGGGGAUGUGUGCUGACAUGUACACUCGUGUAUUCAGAAAGGUUCUGAAUAUCUUUGCUUUCAAAACUCUUUGUUCAGCCACACAGUUUUUGCCUGAAACUGAUGUCAUGGUCAGUCUAAAAACAAAGUGGAUAUAUUCAUGAUGGCCCUUGAAUACCUUGUGGGCUACUUGUGGGCCUUUGGACUCAUUGGAAAAUAAAAUGGAUCAAGAAGACUUUACACUAGCUGUGAAAACAAUUUAAAAUUUAUAGGUUGAGUUCGACGAACAAUGAAGACACUACUUUAUCUCACGAUACUAGUCGUAGCUUUCAGUUCCCAAGUAUUAGCUAACGAGGUUGAAGACUACGAUGAAGAUUCUAAAGACCUGAGAAACGCAGAUGACAUUGAGGAUGAAAUGGACGAAGAAAGCAUGAUAAUGGAUGCCAUUCCUGGUCGAAGGCGAAGAAGGGAUGCCAGAAGACGAGCAUCGAAGCAGAAAUGCAGCGGAUAUAAAUGCCAUAGAUGCAGCUGGUGCAAGCGUUUGAGAAACCCUGGUAGAUGCAAGAACUUGAGAAGAAUGAAAUGCAACAAUUGCAUUUGCUAAAAUGAAAAGAGCAAUAUAAGCGAAAGCUUUGCUAUUUACUACAUUCCACUUGGUCAAGCACUCAAGAUGAUAUAACUUACUGGUUGAUGUAACUUUACGCUUAUUGAUUCUUUUCACCGCAAAAUAGUUUUGUUUUUAAAAUGUUACUUGAAUGUUAUUCAUGCUUGCUUGAAAGAUUUGCAAAAUAUACAUGCAUUUUGAGGAAGCUUGAAUUUAAAUCUUCACUGUGGAAUUCUCCUUGUUAUUUUCAAUUUUUAUAUGCAUAUUUGAAUCAGGGGCGUUGCGACCGGGGGGAGGGGGUUUGCAGGGUGUCGCUUUAGGUUAUUCAGAAACCUUCAGAUCUUAAAAUCAAUAAAGGAUCAAGGAAAGGUAGUUGCUCCGUUGGUUAAAUAUGACAUUCCUUGAUAUGAAUGACUAUAAACAAACUAAGUUAAUGAUAUGAGAUUUCUUGUUUGAACUAAAUCCGAAAAUCCAGGCCCUCUUUUGUAAAAUUGUGCCUUGUGUCCAUUUCCCCUAAAGUUUCGGUAGAAGCGUCAACUGCAAUUCACGAUGAGCUCCAGAUCUUUUUCAACAUUCAAAAGGAUUGCUAGUAUGGAAAGAGGGAUCUCAAUUGACAACCAGUGGUGCUUUUUACCAGGGGCUGACUGGCUCCAAAUUUAGGGCCCGGGCAAAUUCGUCGAGAAAGGGGCCCCGAAUUUCAGAUUAAGUUUUACGGGUAUCUUUUGUGGCAACAUUUUUAAGGCUGGCCUAAAAGGCUGUUGGAAUAUUGCUUUUAGUUUUCCUUAAUUUACACCACAUAACUUAAGAAACGCCAGAUUCAUCACAGUGGAGCCACAUUAAAAACGAAAUGGAUUUAAUACCGUAUCAUACAAAUGUAGCCAAAUAUGGGACUCAGUUCCAAACGAAAUAAAAUACUCAACAACUUUACAAAUAUUCAUGAAAAAUCUCAGAAUCUUCAUCGUUCAAUUGUACUUGUGAUCUUUGCAAGGAACUCUAAAUAAAUAAAGAAAGAAAAAACCAGGGAUGUAGGCAUUGGCGUAAAAGAUAAACAUGGGGGUUCUACAAUCCAUUAUUUGGGUAUUGUGAUGUAGGCUAAGAGGAAAGAGAAAAUCAUGCCAUUGUUGGGGAAAAGUUAUCGUUUUCUAGCUAAAUGACUUUUAAAUGGGAGAAGAAUGUAGUAAAGAAGAUUUAACGGCAAGUUGUGAUCGAGAAUUUAUUUUUUCUAUAGUUUAUGAAUUUCUAGGGUAAAAUCUGGCUGCAUUACGCGUCGCUGUAGUGUUUCUACCACUAAACUUUUGAUUGGUGGAUGGCUAAACCCCUAAAAAAUAAAAGUCUGCAAUGAAAUAGUAUCAUCCAACACAGCAAAUCAUGGGCCUAAUGGAAUGUCUCAGUUAUUCAAGUAAAUCUUGAUAUGUAAUUUCCCAGUCAAAGCACAUUGGGGGUUGAUAGUUUUUCCGAUCAUUAGUUGAGCAGCCAGGUUAAUUGAUUGGUUGAGCAGCAGUCAAUAUGGAAACAUCAGUAGAAUAGGCAGGGCUGGCGUGUUUAGAUUGCUCCGGGGUUUACUAGAGGUCAUCACCAUGGUUAGGAAUUUUGGCCGAAUUCAAGAAAAAGUUUGGAAAUAUGACAUUAUAGGGAUUUGGCAGAAAAGGCAUCUAAAAUAUUUACAACUAAACAUCAAUCUUGACUAAAGGAGGAUCCUAGGCAAUGCCUGUUAGGUUUCUUUCAAAAAAACCCCCAUGGUUCAAAGAGGUUUGAUUUUGACAUAACAAUGGGAAGGAAGUUGGAGUUGGUUUUAUAAUAAACUUUAAGCGUUUAACAAUGCAUGACUACGAAGAACAACAUUCUAACAACGAGGAAUGAGUUAGAAAAGGUGCAAGCAAUGCAAAUGUGGAGAGUCAGAAUCAAAGCAGCUGACUCUAGUAUAAUCGGAUCUGAAACAAAACAAAACUGAAGAAAAAUAGAAGGAAUUGGAAAAAGGUUUGAAGUACAACAAAAAGAAGCAAUGUCUUAAAAAUGUUCUGCGAAGAUUCCCUUCUCAAAUGAGCAUGUAGAAAAGGCUACAGCUUUAGCUUUCUCUUCCUUGCACCCUUAUUUGUGGCUAAAGAUGACAGUUUUUGACCAGUGAAAUGUGUUCGCGUAAAACCAAUCUCCUUAAACUUUUCAAGUAAUUCUAUGAAAUGACGUCCCUGAUGAUAAUUCGUUCACAACUACUGACAAACCAAGAUCAUAAUCUCAACUUAUAGCGACAAGCGCAACAUUUCCGACACACAUAACUUUAAGCAAAUUUCUAAAUGAAACAAUGAAAAACCCUGUAUAAUCUGUAGAAGACAGUAACUAAAUAUUCUCAGUAAGAUAUCUUCAAAAGUAGAGAGUCAUUCUAUUCUUUGUUUAGAUGUCAAACUAUGUCUACAUUUCUUUGAGUAUAAAGCUUGUAAUGCAUCUUAGUCUUCCAGUUGCAUCUCGUCUCCUUUUCUUGUUCAGUUUACAAUGGCAGACAUGUGAUGGAGCAAAAUUUUUGUGCCAGCUUUCUAUGCGUUACACGAUUCUUGUCUGACCGAAGAACAAACAAGGAGAGGGGCUGAGCCAUCUGCUGUUUUGAUGUUUAUUCUCAAAUCUAUCUGGUUGGCAAUAAAGUAAUCUACCUUUCGAGGAAUUUAGUCAAAAAUCUGUCAUAUCCUUGCAAACAUUGAAACUGACGGCCCUAAGAGAAUUUUUUGCGAUUUUGGAACUCCCAUUAAGUACCGUCUUAUUGCAUUAGGAAGAGCGAGCCCUGAGCCCAGAAUACUGUGUGCUUACGUGGGGCCCCAAAUUUUGGAAAAUGUCUUUUUCAGUACUUAGAUACCUCAGAGUGAUAUUUUUAUUUAUUCUGUAUCUACUUAUCUCGAGAGAGUCUAGUUGUAAUGGCAAGAGAAGAGGGCCCCUACCAUACAAUACAAAGCGAAUUAAGAGUAAAAUGAAGAAAAAUUGCAAUAAUUGUGGGAGGGCCCACCGGGCGAUCACCCGGUAGCCCAACCUGC